AUGGCGUCGAAGGUGGGUUCGCGACGGUGGCUACUGCAGCUGCUCAUGCAGUUGGGCGCGGUGUUGCUCACACGCUGCCCUUUCUGGGGCUGCUUCAGCCAGCUCAUGCUGUACGCCGAGAGGGCCGAGGCGCGCCGGAAGCCCGACAUACCGGUGCCCUACCUGUACUUCGACAUGGGGGCGGCCGUGCUGUGCGCCAGCUUCAUGUCCUUCGGAGUGAAGCGGCGCUGGUUUGCGCUGGGGGCCGCCCUCCAGCUGGCCAUUAGCACCUAUGCCGCCUACAUCGGGGGCUACGUCCACUACGGGGACUGGCUGAAGGUCCGCAUGUACUCACGCACGGUGGCCGUCAUCGGUGGAUUUCUGGUGCUGGCUAGCGGUGCCGGGGAGCUCUACCGCCGGAAACCCCGAAGCCGGUCCCUCCAGUCCACGGGCCAGGUCUUCCUGGGCAUCUACCUCAUCUGCGUGGCCUACUCAUUGCAGCACAGCAAGGAGGACCGGCUGGCCUAUCUGAACCAUCUACCAGGAGGGGAGCUCAUGGUCCAGCUCUUCUUUCUACUGUACGGCAUCCUGGCCCUCGCCUUCCUGUCUGGCUACUACGUGACGCUGGCUGCCCAGAUCCUGGCCGUGCUGCUGCCCCCGGUCAUGCUGCUCAUAGACGGCAAUGUUGCCUACUGGCACCACACACGGCGCGUGGAGUUCUGGAACCAGAUGAAGCUCCUUGGAGAGAGUGUGGGCAUCUUCGGGGCCGCCGUCAUCCUAGCCACCGACGGCUGA